CUACGACUAGCAUGAGUAUUUGGAGGUGGAAAAGCGACCGACGAUCACAGCAAUGAGGAGCUGGCUAACGUAGCGCCGAGGUUAGCCAGCUAGGCAACUAACAGCAGCAGCUAACUUCUAGUACAGCAUCCAGCGCAGUGAAACAGGAACAAGUCAUGGGUGCGGAGAGCAGCGCGGUGCGGAGCUGCACCCUAGAGGAGCCGCUCCUGACUUCGCCCUCCGGACUCACCAUGUACUCGGCGGUGCUCCAGGAUGGAAAGCCCGCUUCUGUGUUUGUUCACAAGCGGGGCAAUGAGGACAAAGUCAACAAAGCUGCCAAGCACCUGAAGACACUAAGGCAUCCAUGUCUGCUGCGCUUCCUGUCCUGCUCGGUGCAGGACGGCGGCAUCCACCUGGUAACUGAGCAUGUGCAGCCCCUGGAGCUGCUGCUGGACAGUCUGUCCCCGGAGGAAAUCUGUGCAGGCAUCUACGACCUGCUGCAGGCACUGGUCUUUCUGCACGAGAGGGGUAAAUCAAGCCACAACAACGUCUGUAUUUCAUCUGUAUUUGUCAGUGAAGAUGGCCAUUGGAAACUGGGAGGGAUGGAGACCGUCUGCAAGUUCUCUGAAGCAACUCCUGAGUUUCUCACAAGCAUUCAGAAUGCAAGAGAAGCCCGUUGUGUUCCUCCAGAAGAGCAGGUCGAGGGCUUUAAAAUCCUUCCAGACAAACAUGCUCACUCUCGGGACUGUUAUUCUUUUGGAAUGAUGAUGGACGCCCUUAUUCCUCUCCUGAGUGGCUACGUGUCGCAGGAGCUGUCUGACAGCCUGACAAAGACCCUGCAGGCCGGCCUGCUGAACUCUGACCCCUUGUCUCGACCUCCGCUCAGCUCCUUGCUGACUCAUGACUUUUUCAGAAACGACUUCCUGGAAGUGAUGAAUUUUCUGAAAAGCCUGACCCUAAUGACGGAAGAAGAAAAGAAUGAAUUCUUUAAGUUUCUUCUAGACCGGGUCCAGAGCCUUCCUGAAGAGCUGAUAGCAGCACGGCUUGUUCCCAAACUCCUCAACUCUCUCGUUUUUGCAGAACCCAUGGCUGUCAAAAGCUUCCUGCCUUCAUCUGCUAGGCCAAAGAAGGAUUCCAGUGGUGGUGGUAGCAACGAGGACUGCCUGCUGUCUGUGUCCCUGUACCGCAAACAUGUGAUUCCCCAGCUUCUUAAGCUCUACAAAGUCAAUGAAGAACACGUCCGGAUCGUGCUGCUGGCUCACAUCCACAUCUACGCCGAGUUCUUCUCCCUCGAUGAGCUCAAAAACCAGAUCCUACCUCAGGUUUUGUUAGGAAUGAGAGACACCAAUGAUUCUCUGGUUGCCAUGACGCUGCAGAGUCUGGCGGUGUUGGUGCCCCUGCUGGGGGCUCAAGUGGUCGUGGGUGGGGAGAGAACCAAGGUCUUCAAACGCACCACGCCCAACUUUACCAAGUCAACCGAGGUGACCCCUGAAACUUCACCUGUCCAUAUAGUUGGAGGCUCCCACCCUCAGAUGGCCCAGCCUUCCAAAGUGUUGAAUUUGUUCCCCAGACCGUCGGGGACUGAAGCCUUGGUUCUCGAUCACAUGGAUAGCUUAGCAGGCACGAGGGAGACACCCAGAAGUAUCACCCCAAUAUCGGACAUCAGUAGACAGAUGUCUCUCCCUUUGAAUGGCUUCCAUCAGGACAGCAAGUUGGAGCCGCUGUCAUACAGCCCAGAGCAGGCCGACAGACUGGAAGGCACAGUGGAAGACUGGCCUGACUGGAGUGACCCCGAGGAGAGCGAGAAACGAGACGGACAGUCCAUCCAGAUCCACAUUCAGGCCUCAAAGAGAGUCGAUCCAGUUGACAGCAGACUCCCGCCCGCUCAUCAGAACACAGAGGAGGAGCCGUGGGAUGACUUUGAGGACACUGAACCUACCUCAGAUCUCUCCCCUACAGCUCCUUUACCAGACCCCGUCAUACUUACGCCACCCAGAGGGGGCACAUCUGUUCCUGAAGCACAGAGACUGGGCUCCUCCAAACCCCUUAAACUGACCUCAACACUGCGACAAUCGUCACAGAGGAAGUCCUCAUACAGCAACUGGGCUCAGGAGGAGAUUGAGUCGCAGAAAUCACACAACCCAUCGAAACCCAAACCUGCAGUGCCACAGAAGAACGGUGGGAUUGGAGAUCUGGGAGAGGAGUUCACUAUCAAGGUGAAGAAAAAGGUGGAGCAAGACCCGGAGCUGGAUCUGUUUGCAGACAUGGUGCCGGACAUCAAGCUGUCCUCUCCAGCUCUGCUGCCACUACAAGAGAGCAGCGCGUCGUCUCCAGACAACACAAAGUCUCUGCAGACUGACUCAUCCAUCGAUACUUUAACCCUCACUGCCAAGUUUGCAGCAGUCAACAUCACAGAGACUGAAACAGAUGGCUGGGGAGACGGAGAUGACCUGAACUGGGAGGAUGAAAACGCCUGGUAAUGACGUCUGAUGCAUCAUUUCCAUCUGGAUCGAAAGACUAACCACUGGAAACUCGAAUCCACGCACCACAUCUGGAGUGCCACUUCUCAACAGACCAGUAAAGUGGGAAGUAGCUUCUCAUUUGACAUGAUGGCAGUAAGAAUGCUAAUGACUGGGACGUUCUGCCGAUUCUCCGACGUUUAUCAUCAGUAUGUUCAUUAUGAGAACUUGCUCUUCAACUGGACUGGUUGGCUGCUUAUCAGAUGGUGCUAGACUUGGACACUAGAAGCCAUUCGUAAAUAUUUGCCAAUUGAUAUUAGUCACCUCAAGAUGACCGAGUUCCUUAAUCAGAGGUAAAUGUCAUGUUUUCAUCUGCUCUCCUCUCAUUUUUUUUUUUUUUUUUUAAAUGUGCCAACUUUACUACUGGCAUUAAGAUCGAGAUACAUUUGUUGGCAAGACAUGUGUCCAAAAUGAAUCAGGUUUGAUUAACAGAAGGCUUGCACUUUGAAUGAAUGUGAAAUAGGAAUUACAUAAUUUAUUAGUAGUGUUUUGGUUGCUGGUGAAAUAAACAUUUUACUGUAUGAAAGA